GGCGGGCGCGGAGCGCAGCGGGGUGUCUCGGACUCUGUCCCGGAGCUGAGUCGCGAGAAAGGAGCCCGAUGCACGCUGGCGGAUCGUAGCUAAGCGGGAAAUGGGGUGAGGGCAGGUCGCAGUAUCGGGGCCGAAGCGGGGUCCCCAUGAUUGCGGGGCAGGACUCCGAGGCGUCCUGGGGCUGCUCCUGGGAUCGCAGCGCGCCAGGUGUUUGCCAAGAAAACAAAGAUGGUGGACCACUUGGUGAACACAGAGAUCAACAGCCAGCGGAUUGCCUCUGUGGAGCACUGCUUUGGAGCAUCAGGGCAGCCGCUGGCCCUGCCAGGCCGGGUGCUACUGGGAGAAGGUGUGCUGACCAAAGAGUGCCGCAAAAAGGCCAAACCACGAAUCUUCUUCCUUUUCAACGACAUCCUGGUGUACGGCAGCAUUGUGCUCAGCAAACGGAAGUACCGCAGCCAGCAUAUUAUUCCUCUGGAGGAGGUGACAUUGGAGCCACUGCCUGAUACCAUGGAGGCCAAGAACCGCUGGAUGAUCAAGACGGCCAAAAAGUCCUUCGUGGUGUCCGCCGCCUCCACCACAGAGCGCCAGGAGUGGAUCAGCCACAUCGAGGAGUGUGUGCGGCGCCAGCUGCUAGCGACUGGCCACCAGCCCACCACGGAGCACGCAGCGCCCUGGAUCCCCGACAAGGCCACGGACAUCUGCAUGCGCUGCACACAGACGCGUUUCUCAGCCCUCACCCGACGCCACCACUGCCGAAAGUGUGGCUUUGUGGUUUGUGCCGAGUGCUCCCGAGAACGCUUCCUGUUGCCGCGCCUCUCGCCCAAGCCUCUGCGCGUCUGCAGCCUCUGCUACCGGGAGCUGGCAGCCCAGAAGCUGAAGGAGGAAGCAGAGGAGCAGGGAAGGGUCUCCCCGCAGCAGCUGGCCCACCUGGGUGGGGCUUUCUACGGAGCAUCCAGUGGAGAUGAUGGCGAUGACGAUGACUCCGAUGAGGACAAGGAGGGCAGCAGGGAUGGUGACUGGCCCAGCCGUGUGCAGUUCUAUGCCUCUGGUGUCUCCUGGUCAGCCUUCCACAGCUGACCCUGGCCGGCAGAGCUGCUGCAUCCAUGCCAGUGCCACUACCGGGGCCCAAGCAGCCCUGUGUCCCCAGAACCCUGCCCCAUGGUGGUGCGCGCAGGGUGGGGGUGGCUCUUUCGAUUCUCAGUGCCUUUUUCUGGAGACGGGCAUCCAUCCAGGCCCACUUCCAGGUCCACUUCAGGUAAUAACCUUCCCACUUAGCAAGCCCCAGAACAUCUAGGCUUCUUGGGAACAUAGGCCAUUCCCCAGGCCUGCAGGCUAUGGCUGCAGCUCCAGACAACCCCUUGACAUAGCUCCAGGUGUCGGAGCACUGGGAUACCAGGUGUGGGUCAGCAUGCAAAGGGAGGACAGGCAGGAGAGUGAGGGUCCCCUCUGAGAUGAAGCCUGAGCCCCAGAACCCCAGUCCUGCCCCCCAGACAAGCACACCCUCAGAAGAGCAUGAGUCUGGGCCUCCUCACUAUGCUGUCCCCACCACCUGCCCACCAAGCCCUGCCAGGCCAGGCACAGAGCUCACCUAAGCCAAGCAAAAGACUGCCCUGCUGUGUGUGCCCACCUGGCCCAGGGGACUGUAGCCCGAGCCCCCCACAGCGCAAGCCAGCCUGACCAGGCUGCUGCCCUGUCUCACGUCCCUCCAGGUGUCCAGGUGUCUGAUGAAAUCCUGUCCUCAUCUCUCCCUACAGACAGUGGAAGCAGUGUUUUCUGUUAGGUUGGAAACUCUGCCAAACUGACAUACUAAUAAAAAAGAAUGUUUACUAGCA